GUGAUCUUACUUUCUGUUCAACAUUCCUCAUGAGUUGCUGACAAGAUGACUUUAACAGAGAUUUUACUAGUCCUCACUGGGAUCAUUUACACAGAUGCAAAGACUGUUCAUGUGGAUAUUCAUGCGUCUGGAUGCACAGACUCAGAUGGACAGGACAUGUAUGGACUGGAUGGGGAAGAAGUGGCUCACGCAGACUGGGAGGCUCAAAAGUAUGUGAUGACACUGCCUGCGUUUGCUGAUCCAUAUGCAUAUGAGAAGGGCACAUAUGAGCAGGCAGUCGCUAACCAGCAAAUCUGCAGGCAGAACUUGGCAAUAAUCAUACAAGCUUAUAAGCACCCAGCAGUGGCAGAGGUCCCCCCCACGAGCUUCAUCUACCCCAGAGAUGAGGUGAAGGUGGGCCUGCAGAACUCCCUCAUCUGCUUCAUCGGUGGGUUCUACCCGCCCCGGCUCAACGUGACGUGGACCAGGAACAGCAAGAUGGUGACUCAGGGAGUGAGCACCAGCCAGCUGCGGGUGAAUGUUAACGACGGCACCUACAGCCAGUUCUCCACCCUGCAGUUCACCCCUCAGAAAGGAGACAUCUACACCUGCACCGUGGACCACCAGGCACUGGAGAGACCCAUGACAAGAGAGUUCGAUGUAGAGGUGUCUGAGGUGUCUGAGUCCCGUCUCAGUCUACCAGCAGUGUUCUGUGUAGUGGGUCUGAUCGUGGAGAUGCUGGGUAUGGCUACUGGCCUGUUCUUCUUCAUCAAGGCAAGAUAGUGGAGAUGCUGGGUAUGGCUACCGGCCUGUUCUUCAUCAAGGCAAGAUAGUGGAGCUCAAACCGCAUCUCUUUGUGGACGUCACUGCAGAGUCAGUCAGACUCUCAGGAAGAUGGAGGAACAUCGAGACAUUGUUUGUUUUCAAUGUGUCAUAAUAAAGAAUGAUUUGACAUUCAA